AUGAACUACUCUGUUGCUCAUAAUGAUUUUAAUGACCACCAGAUAUUCGGUACUUGUUUCCAAGUAACUCAUCGUUACACUUCUUUGGUACCUGUGGGCAUGGGUGCUUAUGGGUUGGUAUGUGCUGCCGAUGAUACCACUAACAGCACUAAAGUUGCCGUUAAAAAGAUCCAUAACCCUUUUGCUACAACAACCCUCUCCAAAAGAACCUAUCGUGAAUUAAAAUUACUCAAACAUUUACAUCACGAGAAUCUAAUAUCUUUGGAUGACAUCUUCGUUUCUCCCAGCAACGAUAUGUAUUUUGUCACCGAACUUCAAGGAACUGACCUUCACAGACUACUUAAAUCUCGUCCUUUACAACCACAAUUCAUCAAAUAUUUCACCUAUCAAAUAUUAAGAGGUCUCAAAUAUGUCCAUUCAUCAGGAGUCAUUCACCGUGAUUUAAAACCAUCGAAUAUUCUCAUUAACGAUCGUUGUGAUCUAAAGAUCUGCGAUUUCGGAUUGGCCAGAGUCCAAGACCCUCAAAUGACAGGUUACGUUGCCACGCGAUAUUAUCGAGCCCCCGAGAUCAUGUUGACCUGGCAAAAAUACGAUAAAAAAGUCGAUAUUUGGUCCACUGCAUGCAUCUUGGCAGAAAUGAUCGAUAACAAACCAUUAUUCCCCGGUACUGAUCAUGUCCACCAGUUUUCCAUCAUCACCGAGUUAUUAGGAACCCCUCCAAGAGAGCUUAUUGAAUCCAUCACUUCAAAAACCACCCUUGACUUUGUAUUAUCCUUACCUUAUCGUCCCGCAAUCCCAUUGCCUUCAAGGUUCUUGAAUUUCCCCGAUGUUGAUGCAAUCGACUUGCUCUCAAAGAUGUUAUUAUUCGACCCAAUUGCAAGAGUGGAUGCUGAAGCCUCCUUGGAACACCCAUAUCUAGAAUUUUUCCAUGACACAGACGAUGAGCCACUGGCUAACGUGAAAUUCGAUUGGAGUUUCAACGAGGAAGAUUUACCGGUCGAGAAAUGGGAAGAAAUAAUGAAAUUCGAAGUUAUGGAAUACCAUAUGACCCAAGAAACAACAAUUAGUGAAUACACAAUUCCGAAGUUGAGUCAAGAAGGUAUUAGUGAACUAAGUGUGAGAAGAUGGGAGGAGCAACGGCUUCAAAAUAAGCAGCUACUAGCUCAACAACAGUUUUUGGCGAUGCAACAAGAACUGUUAAUUAAACAACAGCACGGAGUACUCCCUUUCAAUGCCCCAAUGGUGCUAAAUAAUUUCAAUAUGCUACCACAUAACUAUGAUGCCGCCGCUCAUACACUACCUACAGGUUUUCAAGGUCAAGUAGAAGUGCCACCUGUUACAGCCGGCCAAUUCUCAGACAUUGGUGGUGUCAAUUUCGCUAUUCCAGAACUCAUUGGAACCAGCUCUUCCGGAAUCAUAACCAAGGAUCCUAAUGCCUCAAAUUUAGAUGUGAAUAUAAGUGAUACAUUAGAGCCAGCCAUAAUGCAGGAACAUUUGGAACAAUUGGAAUAUCUGCUUUUGGGAACCAGUGGAGCAGGAAUACCCAUGUAA